AUGACAUGGAAGGAAGUUUCCAAGGCCGCUCAGGCUGAGCUGUUACAGUCCAUUCCAGUGAAAUGGCAGCUCGACGCUGACGCCUACAAAGACUUAACUGACGUUUCUCGUGUACCUCGUGAAUGUGGCCUGUUGACUAAAAAGCAGCUGCAAAUUACAGAGCUUAAUGUCACUGAGCUGGCCGACGGAAUCGCUUCCCGGAGACUGAAAGCUGUGGAAGUUGUCGAGGCCUUUGCUGGCCGCGCUGCCAUUGCCCAUCAACUAGUCAACUGCCUGACUGAGUGGUUUUUGGAGGAGGCUCUGGGACAAGCCAAAGCCUUGGAUGGCAUUCUCGAUGCGGGUGGUCAACCAGUCGGUACAUUACAUGGUAUUCCUGUGGCUCUCAAGGACACCUACAGUUUGAAGAACCAUCCGACAACAUGGGGAUGCACUAUUAAUAAGGGUAAUGUGCAGGACGGCGACUCAGUUGUCGUGUCCGCGCUGCGUACUGCUGGUGCUGUGUUCUUCUGCAGAACAACCAUGCCUCAGACUGGCAUGGCAUUGGAAACCGUCAGCAAUCUUUGGGGUCGUACCAUGAAUCCGUUCAACCGAUCGCUCGGCGCUGGCGGGAGCUCAGGGGGAGACGCUGCUCUAGUUGCCAUGAAGGGUAGUCCCGUUGCACCAUCUUCCGACAUUGGCGGCUCCAUUCGCGCACCGGCAGCUUUCAACGGGCUCUACGGUAUCCGCCCAACCGCGCAACGGAUUCCAAAGGGUGGUUGGGAAAGCACCAAGUCGGGUCAGGUUUCUAUUCGCGACUCGGCCGGCCCCGUAUGUCAUUCCAUUGACGACAUCCGGCUUUUUACCCAGGUCAUCAAUGCACACCCGAAUUAUAGAUACGAUGUCUCUGCCGUUCCUGUUCCAUGGAGACAGGUUUCCUUGGCGGCGAGGUUAGCGGUAGGUAUCAUGAAAUGGGACGGUGUGGUAAUGCCUCACCCUCCUAUCCUGAGGGCCCUCGAGCAUACGAAACGGACUUUGGGCAGGGCUGGCAUUGAAGUGAUCGAAUUCAAGCCUCCUUUUGAUUGCUGGGAUGUCGCAAAAACUACGUAUGACAUAUACUUCCAGACAGCCGCACAUGAGACUAUAGAAAAAAUCCAGGCUGCUGGGGAACCUCUGAUUCCUGCAUUUGCCAACUUACUCGAAGUUUACAAUGCUAGACACCUUAGCGCUUCCGACGUGUGCCAGCUCAACUUAACAAUGCGCGAGCGUAAAACUCAGUGGGCCGAUUCCUGGGAACAGACCCGGCGGAUAACUUCUACUGGUCGUCCCAUGGAUGCCCUAAUUUGUCCUGUCGCACCUUCAGUCGGUAUUCCGCACGAUUAUAACAUUUACUGGGGCUACACGUCGCUUUUCAAUUUUCUUGAUUACCCAUCUACUAGCGCCGUGACAUCUACCGUCUUGCCUGUUGCUAACUUCAAGAUUACCCCUUUGUCCGACCCUAAAGAUACGACUUACCAAGCCAUCCAGUCCAACCCCUACGACAAGGCCAACCACGAACUAUAUGAUCCACAGUUGUUUUCGAACCAGCCAACCUCCAUUCAGAUUGUUGGGCGACCUUUUGACGAUGAAGAGCUGAUUGAGAUCUCAUCGUUGGUUGACAAGGAACUCAAAUUAGUCUCCGGUCAGAGACAUUCUGGGGGGAAUCUAUGAAUAUAUCACACAUGGAACUCCUAGGAGAGCGCUACCAAUAUCCAAUCACGUUUUGAAUACAUUAUGAUCUUGACUGGAACUAACUCAGGUGCUGUGACUGAACCGUAAUCUGCUUCCUCG